AUGGCAUUAAAACAACAAACUCAAACAUCAUCAAAUAAAAUUGAAAACAACAACAAUAAUAUCCGUAUCAAAAGCAACCUUCGGGAAUGCAACACCAACGAAAUAGAUACUACGGGGAAAAGGUUCCUCUUUCAAGUUCGAGGUGCAUCUUAUCCUCCAAUACGUCGUACUCGUAGCAAUUUAAAAAACUCGACAAAUUGUAAAUCUUGUAAUCAGAAUUGUCAAUACAUUGAUAGUUUGGAAGCGAGAUUGAGCGACUUAUAUUUAACUGUUGACAAAUUUAGUAGAGUCAAAGUGAUAACAAACAGUUUUGAAAAAGAAAAAUACGAUUUUUCAAAUAUGCCUUAUGGAGUUGAUAUUGUUACCGCCAGUGAUCAAACUUCUCCGACUACGACUUUUUGGAGAGAAAAACGACAGAGGAGAUCGCCAACGCCGAUGAAUAAAGAAUUGAACAAUUGUUUCUCUGCUAUAGAUAAUCGUCUUCUUCCAGAUCUAGAAAUUGAUUGUCAUGAAUUACAUGCAUAUAAGUACCCGGAUAUAGACACAUUGGAUUUUGUGUCAUUGGAGUUUGUGUCAUUGGAGUUUGUGUCAUUGAA